CCUUUGAAAUGAAUCGGAGAAGGCCUGGAUUUAAACAUUGAUUUGUAAAAAUUUGUCAGUCGAUGCCUGGUGGGGCAUUAUCACACAGCUCGUUCAACGUUUCGGUCGACACAUUCUCAAGUCAAGCUGAAACACAAUUCGUAAAAUCCAGAAUAAAAUUUAAAUUGUAAAAUUUUUUACUCAGUCUCAUUCAUUUGUUUUCACCUCUUUUUUUUAUAUUUGAUUUGAUUUGAUAACUCUUUCGAUGAAAUUUAAUUGAAAACACACGAAGAAAAGAACAAAAAACCAAAAAAAAAAAGAAGGAAACUAAAGCGAAACAAUCGAAAGUCGAAUCCGAGCCUUGAAAGCCUUCGCGGCUACUGCAAGUUAGCUUUCAAAAAUAAAAUACCAGAAGCUCUGCAGACACUCCACUUCCUCCAAAGGAAAAAAAUCGGCAAUGAAUCAAGUUAUUAUAGCUGAGCUAUAGUCUACAUUGUGAAGAUUAUUUCGAAAAAAGUGGAAUUAAAAAAGCAAAUAUCAUCAAAGUGCCAUCGACUUAAAUGCCAAGUGAAAACAAUUAAAUUUGAAAUUAAAGGCAAGCAAAGCUAAAAUCUUAAAUCAAAACUAACAAAAGGGUUAAGACACAAGUUUAGAGGCUGAGUUUGAAGGCAAAAUUAAGCCACAUACUGAUUUGAAAAUAAACUAAAUCGUUAAAAAAACGUAGUAGUGUGGAGCGAACAUCACGGAACAUCAAGGGGGGCAUCUAUUUGGCAAUUAUACACGAACUAACGGGGAUAUUUAGACUAUACUGUGGCAGAGUAUAAUUAGUGAAUUUUUGAAACAAAAAAUAGCUAUACAGAACAACAUCAGAGAGGAAAGAGCUUUAGGAAUCAGCUAGACUUUGAGGAAUAAAUCAAGAAAUCAAGCAAAAUCCAUCAAAAUUCUGAAAAGAGAUACCCAUCUAUGAGAGGGGUGCUAAAAGUGGCAGCAUCGUAGGACCAAUCGGCAAUCGAUACUAGUAGAUCGGAGUUAUCGGAACAAGGCGAACAGGAUGUCUGACAACUCGGCUGUGAGCUGCGUGCUCAAUGUCCUGCUGUGCGGUGCCACGGGCUUCGGAUUCGUCAAGAUCGGAUCGCCGGCGGAGCACCCAUAUGCGUUCACCGCCUGUGUGAUCGGCUUCUGCCAUGGCCUGUUCGGGCUGGUGGAUUUUGCCGCCGGGGGUGACACCACCAAGAGCAUGAAGGAGACAACCACAUCGAUGAUGGAGAUAAUACCACUGCCCCUGGUCAAUGUCGAUCUGUAUUUGGGUGCUGAGAGCAAUAAUAUCGCAUUGGGUCAUGGCCUGUUCAUUGUACCGUUGGCCGUUAGCGUUAUCCUGGGCAUGGUCAAGGGCGGCGACGAUGGCGGCGAAGAGAGUCCAAUGGGCACAUUGAAGACACUUACCAUUUUGGGUAAUAUUACGUCAUUGCUGUAUUUGGCCAUUAACGAGAGUAGCUGGAAUCUGGCCGGUAUGGCCUUCUUGGCCUUCAUGGCCAAGUUCGGUGCCCAAUUCUGUGAUGAGAACGUUAGCGAGGGUAGUGGCGAGCCCAUAACCUAUAUCAGCUGGUCAGGAUUCUUUGUCCUGGCCGCCAUGGCAGUCUCUGGCGAGAAGUAGAACUACCAAAAUAUCUCAUCCCAAACGAAUACAAAAGAAUAAUGGAAUGGACGCCCCUAUUUGAAUGGAUUUAUUUCCAAAAGAAAAACAAAAAAAAAACUAAACUAUAUCAUCAUUUUUUUUGGACCCACCUUAAAUAACCACCGCUAUAUAAUCCCCAUUCAUUCGUCCGAUAUUUUCCCGAUACACAUUAUUUUCUAAUUGGACCCCAAACCUCAAUCGACCUUGGACGAGCACAGAGUGAUGAAUAAAUUAUUGGAGUAUUAGAUGAUCAGCUUAAAAAUUA